AUGUCCACGACCGACGUGCAACUCACCGCUGGAAGCUGCGAGCGUCUCCAGUUUGCGAACCCACAAGACGCGUCUGUCUUUGAAUCCCCGCACACAAUCCAAUUCCUAUCAAUUAAGAAGGUCAACACGGCCAAUCCUAACAGUAACGCCCCCGUGGACCGAUAUCGAAUCAUCAUCUCAGACGGUGUCCAUUUCAUUCAAGCGAUGCUCGCGACUCAGCUCAACGAGCUAGUCCAGAACAACAGCAUCGGAAAACACACAGUUGCUGUGGUGGAGAGAGCCACCUGCAACUACGUCCAGGAGAAACGAUUGAUUGUUGUGCUUGAACUCCGCGUCGUUGCCCAUCUCCCUGACAAGAUUGGAGAUCCUCAGCAGCUUGGACCAGAUAGCAAAAGAGCAUUGGACAGCGCAUCGGUCACCCCAGCGCCUCAAUCCGUGGCAACUUCUGGCCCGUCAACAUCUACCAAGACUGCUCCCGCAAAGCCUGCCACCACAGGCCCUCAGCGCGGUGUCUACCCCAUCGAGGGUCUCAGCCCUUACCAGAACAACUGGACUAUCAAAGCUCGAGUCACGCAAAAGUCAGAAAUGAAACAAUGGUCCAAUGCACAGGGAGAGGGCAAGUUAUUCAAUGUGACCUUCAUGGAUGACUCGGGCGAAAUCCGGGCAACCGCAUUCAACCUUGUUGCCGAUGAUCUUUACCCCAAGUUGGAAGAAGGGAAGGUUUAUUACGUUUCCAAAGCUCGUGUGGGGUUGGCGAAAAAGAAGUUUUCCAACAUUCCAAAUGACUACGAACUCAGUUUGGAAAGGAACACUGAAAUCGAAGAGUGUCAUGAAACCACCAAUUUGCCCACGAUCAAGUAUAAUUUUGUCCCUCUGAACGGGCUUGAUGCUCUCGCAAAGGACGCCAUUUGUGAUGUCAUUGGCGUCGUAAAGGAUGUCGGAGAAGUGGGUACCAUCACUUCGAGGUCCAACAAUCGACAAAUCUCCAAACGGGACUUGACGCUGGUGGACAAGAGUGCCUAUUCAGUUCGCAUGACUCUUUGGGGCAAGCAAGCUGAGCAAUUCAAAGUUGAACCCGAGUCCAUUAUCGCUUUUAAAGGAGUUCGAGUUGGUGAUUUCAAUGGCCGCAACCUAUCAAUGACGAGUGCUAGUACUAUGCAGGUUAAUCCCGAUAUCGAGGAGUGCUUCACUCUAAGGGGUUGGUAUGAUAGCCAGGGCCAGACCCAGACUUUCCAGGCCCAAUCUUCGAAUAACCUUGGAGGCACCUCCCUUGGCUUCAGGCGGGACGAAGCACGGACUCUUGAAGACGUCAAGCAGGCUGGAUUUGGUCAGAGCGAUAAGCCUGACUACUUUUCUACGAGAGCCACCAUUAUCCACAUCAAGGACGACAACAUUGCCUACCCUGCUUGUCCCACUCAAGGAUGUAACAAAAAGGUUAUAGAGGAGGCCGAUGGGUGGCGUUGUGAGAAAUGCGAGAAAGUGUUCGAGGCGCCCGAGUAUCGCUACAUUAUGUCCAUGAUGGUCGCAGACCAUACAGGCAAAGCCUGGUUCCAAGGAUUCAACGAAGUUGGUGUAACUGUCUACGGAAUGUCCGCGAACGACCUCGUCCAGAUUAAGAAUAACGACCAUGCACAAUACAAGGCAAUUCAAUACCAUGCUGCAUGCAACACGUACAACUUCUCUUGUCGAGCUAAAGAAGACGAAUUCAAUGGUGUUCGCCGGGUCAGAUUUGGUAUCUCUCGUCUGGCCAAGGUCGAUUACAAGGAAGAAGCUGGUUAUUUGCGCGACCUUUUGUAUUCGUCGUGGGCUCGCUAG